AUGGAGGCUGCCAUAAUAGAAAUCCCAGGGAUCCUACCGGUCACAGAACUCCUCAUUGCUUGCUGUGUUUUCUGCCUGGUUCUGACGAUCGCAAAAUCUUUCUGGAAACCGGUCACAAAGGGGCUGAAGAGGGUCCCAGGCCCGAGAGGCUACCCUUUGAUCGGCAACAUCCUGGAUCUGGGAAAGAACCCCCAUCUGUCCCUGAGCGAGAUGAGUCAGAAAUACGGGGACGUGAUGCAGAUCCACCUGGGCACACGGCCGGUCUUAGUGCUGAGUGGGCUGGACACAAUCCGGCAAGCGCUGGUGAAGCAGGGCGAGGACUUCAUGGGACGCCCCGAUCUCUACAGCUUCCAGUUCAUCAGCGAGGGCCAGAGCUUAACCUUUGGUCACGAUUCCGGGGAAGUCUGGCGAGCCAAUCGGAAGCUGGCUCAAAAUGCCUUGAAGACCUUCUCUGCUUCCCCCAGCCUGACCUCGUCCUCCUGUCUGCUGGAGGAGCACGUCUCCAAUGAAGCCGACUAUCUAAUCCAGAAAUUCCAGGAGCUGAUGAAGGAGCAGAAGAGCUUUGACCCGUACCGGUAUCUGGUGGUCUCGGUGGCCAACGUCAUCUGCGCCAUGUGUUUUGGGAAGCGCUAUAGCCACGAUGACCAAGAGCUUCUCAGCUUCGUCAACAUAAAUAACGAGUUUGGGGAGGCGGCUGCUUCGGGAAACCCAGCCGACUUCCUCCCGAUCCUCCGGUAUCUUCCCAACCAGACUAUGAAGGCCUUCAAGGAUCUCAAUAGUCGGUUCUCGACAUUUGUGCAGAAAAUCGUCAGCGAGCAUUAUACCAGCUUUGACAAGGAGCACAUCCGAGACAUCACCGACUCCUUGAUCGACCACUGCGAAGAUAAGGUGGAUGAGAAUGCCAACGUCGAGAUUUCAGAUAAAAAGAUUGUCAGUAUCGUCGGGGAUCUCUUUGGAGCAGGUUUUGAUACAGUCACCACUGCUUUGUCAUGGUCCCUCUUGUAUCUGGUGACCUACCCGGAAAUCCAGAAGAAGAUCCAGGAGGAGAUAGACCAGACGAUCGGCAGAGAAAGGAAGCCCCGGUUGUCUGACCGUUCCGUGCUGCCUUACACGGAUGCCUUUCUUCUGGAAACGUUCAGACAUUCCUCUUUCUUGCCUUUCACAAUCCCUCAUUGCACCACUCGGGAAACGGCUCUGGGUGGCUUCUACAUCCCCAAAGACACCUGCGUGUUUGUCAACCAAUGGCAGGUCAACCACGACGCGAAACUUUGGAAGGAUCCUUCUUCUUUCCAGCCCGAACGUUUCCUGUCGGCCAACGGGGCUGGAAUAAAUCGAGUGGAGAGCGAGAAGGUCCUGUCUUUCGGUUUGGGGAAGAGAAGAUGCAUCGGGGAGUCCAUCGGCAAAGGGGAGGUCUUCCUUUUCUUGACCACCCUGCUCCAGAAACUAGAAUUCAGUUUGUGCCAGGGACAGACAGCGGACACCACCCCACUGUAUGGACUCACGAUGAAAAACAAGAAGUGUGACCAUUUCCAGGUCAGGCAGAGGUUCUAAAGA